AGUUGAGAAGUAAACACGUGGGAUAUUGAGGUUAUGUUUAAUUUGCCGUGUUGUGGUUUGUAAUAUUUUCAUACAAGUUUUAAAUUGUAAUAAAACCAUUACAAAAUGCAACACGACGACGUCGUGUGGAGCAUCAUCAACAAAUCCUUUUGCUCACAUAAAAUAAACACUAAAACCCAAAAACUAUGCCGUAACGAAUAUAACUUAACAGGUUUGUGUAAUCGGUCAUCUUGUCCUUUGGCAAACAGUCAGUAUGCCACUGUUCGAGAAGAAAAAGGUAUUAUUUACCUUUUUAUGAAGACUGCUGAAAGGUCGGCUUUCCCUAAGAAACUAUGGGAGAAGGUCAAACUGUCUAGAAAUUUUGAAAAAGCUAUACACCAGAUAAAUGAAAACCUGUUAUAUUGGCCUGGUUUUAUUAAAUCAAAAUGUAAACAAAGAUUUGUCAAGAUCACUCAGUAUUUAAUAAGAAUGAGGAAGCUAAAACUCAGAAGACAGAAACUACUAGUGCCAUUACAAAGGAAUAUAGAGAGAAGAGAAAAACGGAGGGAAGAGAAGGCCCUUAUAGCUGCUAGAAUAGAAAAGGGAGUAGAGAAAACUCUAUUGGACCGGUUGAAAAAUGGAGUUUAUCAAGACCUGUAUAAUAUUAGAACAACAGCGUUUGAUGAGGCACAGGAAGAAAAUGAAGUGGAAGAUGAAGAAGAGGAAAUGGAAGAGGAGAAGGAAGUUGAAAUGGAAACGGAAGGAGACGAUGACAGACUAUAUGUAGCCGCAGAUUCUGAUGAAGAUAGUGACAUUGAAAGUAACAGUGGUCAACCAGAAAGUGUAGACUUGGACAGCAGUUUUGAAUCUGAUGGGUCAGACAUAGAGGAUAUACCAGCACCAUCUACAUCAAAUUCCAAGAGUAAAAAGGGUAAGAAACCUGCUAAACCGUCCUCAUCAUCAACCAAAAAAGGCAAGAGACCAAGAGUGGAAAUUGAAUAUGAAGUUGAAACAGUGUCCACCCCUGCAAAAGUUUCUUUGUAUUGAUAGUUGUUUAUUUAAGUGUAAAAAAAAUAAUUUUAAUUUAUGAUGGUAUUGAAAUAAAAUGUCAUAUUUUUA